CCAACAGGAGGAGUAUCAGAGCCGGGCCAGUGUUUGACCCGGGACACGAUGGAUCUGACAGGUGCGCACACUGCGAUCACUGCGACACUUCUUCCUCUGCUGCUGCUGCUGCUGCUCUGCUCGUCCGGCGGAGACGCGCAGCAACCUGCUGGUGCUGUAAGAGAGUACUAUGUAGCAGCUGUGGAAAUCGGCUGGGACUAUAUCUACCUGGACGAUGCUGACCCAGCGUCCGAAGAAAGGAGGAGACUCAAAGACAUUCCUCAAAAAUACAUCAAGGCAGUUUACAGGGAGUAUACAGACUCCACAUACACUGUCCCAAAGCCAAGACCAGCAUGGACAGGUAUCCAAGGCCCGGUGAUAGUUGCCCAGGCGGGCGAUACAGUGAUGGUCCACUUCAAAAAUCUGGCCUCUCAGCCCUACAGUAUCAGCCCUGUGGGGAUCACCUACUGGAAACAGUCAGAAGGAGCAGGGUAUGACGACUCCACAGCAGGCGAGGAGAAGGAGGAUGAUGCCGUCUUUCCAGGAGGAUACUACAAAUACGUGUGGGACAUCAGCUUUAAUGACGGCCCCACUGCCAGUGACCCUGAGUGCCUCACCUACUCCUACUCAUCCCAGGUGGACACAGUCCGAGAUGUAAACUCAGGACUCAUCGGUGCCCUACUCAUCUGCAAAUCAAGUGCCUUCACAGCUGAUGGCCAGAGAAGAAAUCCAGCAUUCGUCCUGUUGUUUGCAGUGUUUGACGAGACCAAGAGUUGGUAUGGAGAGGUAGGAGAGAGGAUGAGCAGAGAGAAGUUCAGGAGGAGCAAGGACAGGAAGGAAUACCACACCAUCAAUGGAUAUGUCAACUCUACGUUACCCGGUUUGAAAAUGUGUCAGGGCCGUAGUCAUGUGUCUUGGCAUAUGAUUGGGAUGGGCACAGCUCCAGAAAUCCACUCCAUUCAGUUUCAAGAUCACUCUCUGGAGGUGUUGAACCAUCGUAAAGCCACCAUGGAGGUGACUCCUAUGACAUUCAUCACUGCAGAAAUGAGACCUGCUGCUAUAGGCCGCUUCCUUAUCAGCUGUCAGAUAUAUGCUCACCGCCACGAUGGUAUGAACGCUUUGUUCAUGGUGGAGAAAUGCGCUGAGCCUGGCAGUCAGUCGGGACUAAACAUGCGUAACCCUCAGGACAAUGAUGACUACAGUGACGACGAUAUGUUCAACACUAUUAGUUUCCAGCCUAAGAAACCACAAAUGCAAGCCAGAGCCUUCAGGGGACAGCUGUCUAAAACCUGGGAGCAUUAUAUCGCCAUUGAAGAGGUCACCUGGGACUAUGCUCCUCACCUCAAACCCACAGACAGUAAGUUGCAGUCUGGAUAUUUGCCUGCAGCACCACAUCCUCUGGGCUACAGGUAUAAAAAGGUGGUGUACGUGGAAUACACAGAUGGAUCUUUCACUCAGAGGAAGAAUGCUGAAGACACACUGAUGGGUCCACUUCUGAAAGGAAAAGUCAAUGAUCAAAUCCAUAUCACUUUGAAAAACAUGGCCAGUCGCCCUUUCAAUAUCUACCCCAAUUGCCUAAUCAAGAUCUUACCACUGCGAAGUUCCACAAAUGCUGCAGAGCAGGACUUGCACUCCAUGGGAGUGCCCCCCAAUGGGACUUUUGGCUACAUUUGGAGGCUAACAACAGAUGAUGGGCCCCUGAAUGGAGACCCUGAGUGUCUGACCCAUCUGUAUCAAAGCACCAUCUCCCCAGAGAGGGACUUGGCUUCCGGUUUGGUGGGCACCCUACUUAUCUGCAAGAGCAAUGCUAUUGACACCAGAGGAUCCCUGGUUAGCCCAGAUAAAGAGUGGAGCUUAAUAUUUGCUAUGUUUGAUGAGAACAAAAGUUGGUACGUCAAUGAAAACAUCCAGAAGUCUGGGCAAAACACCACGGACCUUGAAUCCUACAACUCCAAUGUCAUUUACAGUAUAAACGGCAUCAUGUUUAGUGGGCGUCAGUUUGUGAUUUGUAAAACUGACGUUACCUUCUGGCAUGUGGUCAAUGUGGGUACCCAGAGUGACUUCCUGUCUGUUUACUUCACGGGAAACCCCUUUCAGUACCAAGGCCUCUACCAGUCUGUCCUCACCCUCUUCCCCAUGACUGGUGUGACAAUUACCAUGGAAGCUGAGCUGAUUGGUGAGUGGGAGAUCAGUGCUUUUGAUGGCAGCCUCAAGAACCAGGGGAUGAGCAUCCAUUACACCGUCCGCCCUUGCGACAGUGGAAACGAUAUAGUAGAUCAUGAUAACGACGAUGAUGAUGAUAUCUCAGACUUUAUUGAUAGCUUAUAUCAGCCGAGGGGCAGAAGACCUCAAAACCGCAGGGAGAUGGUUCAAGAGUGCAAUACCACCCUAACAAACAACAAUACCGAAUCAGUAAACAUAUCCGUUCAAAAUGUCACUGACGAUACAACUGACAGGCCUCAUGCCAAAUUCCAGUCAGGAUGUGAGCUGAAAAAUGUAACAUCACAGGAAGGAGAAGACCCCAACGCAGUGUUGGAAGGAGAAAUCCCGCAGGACAUCUUGGAGGAAAUAGAGCUAGAUGGGGAAUGGGCAGCUUCUCAGAAUGGGACUGAACCUGAAAAACUGAGAGGUGGCCGACGGAGAAGACAGGCAGAGGGCAAUGAGACAGAUGUAGAUGGAGGAGGAGGAACAGAGAUAGAGAUUGGGGAACCGGCUGUGGAAAAUAAGACCGCCACUGGUGCUGAGGUAAAAUCUAAGGAAAGGAGUGAAAUGUCAAGUGUUUAUAAUGAGACAAAAGGAGAACUUGAAGAGAGCAACGAGAUCUUACAGAACAGCAAUCCACUGCAGAACAAGAAGGACUCAACUGUAGAACCAACCAAUUCAGAAGAGAUGGACCAAAACUACAUUCAGUCUAAACCUGAGCGGCUUAGAGCAGCAGGUCACGAAUUCAACGACACCGCUAACAACAACACAACAGAGAUAUAUAUGUCCCUUGAUUAUGAUGACUACAGUGAAGAGGUGAACAGCCCAUCAGAUCUAUUUCCCACAAUGAACAUAAACCCACGCUCGGGAGAGGUCAGAUUUCACCACUAUUACAUUGCUGCAGAGGAGAUCACCUGGAACUACGGCAUCAGAAAACCACAUCAACUCAUCAAACCCAGAGAGAUGCGUCGAGGGAUGAGAAAGUUCCUGCCAGAGUACAAAAAGGUUGUGUUCCGGGCCUACGAGGAUGAAAAGUUCCUGGUUCCUGUGGACAUAGGAGAGCUCCAGAAACAUCUGGGAAUCAUGGGACCUUUCAUCAGAACAGAAGUUAAUAAUCUCCUCACUGUGAUCUUUAAAAACAAAGCAUCCAGGCCUUACUCCUUUCACCUCCACGGAGUUUAUGACCGCAGCCAGGGGGCUGGCAGUGCCCAAAACCAUGGCUCCUCUGCUCCACCCGGGGUCCCAGGAGAGCCUGUGGCUCCUGGGGAAGCACGAACAUAUAACUGGAGAAUAACCAAGAAACAAGGACCAACUGAUACUGAAUUUGACUGUAAGACUGGGGCUUACUACUCCACUGUGGACAAGGAGAGGGACCUUCAUUCGGGUCUGAUUGGUCCUCUAGUGAUCUGUAAGCCCGGGACCCUCCUGCCCCCCGACUUCACACAGCCAAACAUUCCAGAGUUCGCACUCCUCUUUCACACCUUUGAUGAAACUAAAAGCUGGUACAUGGAGGAGAGCCUGCAACAGCACUGUGCACCACCAUGUCAGGCCAACACUGAGGACCCUUGGUACCACAUCAGCAAUAAGUUUGCAGCAAUAAAUGGUUAUGUAGCAGAGUCGCUUCCUGGUCUGUUGAUCGCACAGCACCAGCAAGUCAGAUGGCAUCUGCUGAAUGUAGGAAAUGACGAAGAGUACCAUGCUGUACACUUCCAUGGUUUGCCCUUUACUGUCCACACUAAAGCGGAACACCGUAUGGGGGUGUACAAUCUCUUCCCUGGAGUGUUUGGCACGGUGGAGAUGAGACCCCCCACAGUUGGAACAUGGCUGGUGGAGUGCACUAUAGGGGACUACCAAAUGGCUGGCAUGAGGGCUAAACUACUGGUCUAUAACCCACGGUGCGUCUUGCCUCUGGGGAUGAAAUCUGGAAGGAUCGAGGAUUCCCAGAUUACAGCAUCAGACCACAUAAAUAACUGGCAGCCGUCGCUGGCAAGGCUGGAUCAGUCUGGUUAUUAUAAUGCCUGGAUGGGCAGAAACAACAAGUCGUGGUUACAGGUUGACCUUCAGAAAGCCACCCUGCUGCAUGCUGUGGAGACACAGGGGGUCAGGGCAAAGCUGAGGGACAACUACAUCACGGUCUUCACCGUCUCCUACAGCCUGGACCUGGAAACCUGGAACUUUUACAGAGGGAACACGACCAACCCGAUCAAAGCCAAAGCUACAGUAUUUCAUGGCAACAUGGAUAACUCUAAGGUGAAGAAAAAUCUCUUUACUCCACCAUUUGUUGCUCGAUACAUCAGGAUUCAUCCAGUGUACUAUAGGCAAAGGCCUGCUCUCAGACUGGAGCUGCUGGGCUGCGAUCUCAAUAGCUGUUCAAUGCCUCUCGGGCUCCAGAGGGGACAGAGGGGGCAGAUUAGUGACACCAGUUUCAAGGCAUCCUCAUUUUAUUCACAUCGGCUGCUGCCCAGCUGGACCGCAAGCCUCGCCCGCCUCCAUGAGGAAGGUAGAGCCAAUGCUUGGAGGCCAAAGAACAAUAACCCCCACGAGUGGCUGCAGGUUGACUUGGGGAAAAUAAAACGCAUCACAGGGGUUGUGACUCAAGGAGCACGAUCAUUGUUCACCCAAAUGAUGGUGACAGAGUUCUCAGUGACCGUCAGCCACGAUGGACAAUCCUGGAACAGUGUGUUAGAGGAGGACACCCAAAGAGAAAAGAUCUUCACAGGAAACAAUGACUCAGAAGUGGAAGCCUUCAACAUUUUUGAUCCCCCGCUGUUUGGCCGCUACCUCCGUAUCCACCCGCGGGGUUGGAUCAAUGACAUAGCUCUGCGAUUGGAGGUCCUGGGCUGCGACACACAGCAGAGGCACUGACACCACUGGUUAAAGCCACUGACACCAUGCAACAUCAUGUUAGUAACAUAGUGUAUCCUGGUUUUAUUUUGGAUUUGUAACUUUGGCAAAACUUAUUAAGUUAUAUAUUAUAUGUCACUGUUUGUGUAAGACAUGUUUGUUUACAUUUCCACCGUUUUAAGAACAUUUGGUCAUUUAAUGCAGAAAAAGAGCAAAGAAUCAUGUUUGUCAAUCGAAAAUAUAUAUUUUUAGAUGUCAGCUACACAGUACACAGUAUCUGUUUUCCCUGUGCUAACCACAGAAAAAGCUCUUCGAAUGUAAGCGUGUGUAAAUAUUUCAGACUCAGAUGGAUGUAUAAAGUUUGAAAGGUUGAUGUAUAUUGUUGGAAAAAUUUCUAUUAAUGUAUUUUUCUGCUUUAUUAGAAUUUAUAUAAACAAUGAAUCUUGAAAUGUU